AUGGCAUCUCCAGUGCAUCCCCCGGAAUGGUCGGACGAGGUGGCCGAAGAGCUAGCAAAGAUGCAUCAUUCGGUUGCCGGAAGUGAUCUUCGUCCAGAAGUUGCCCAGAAGAUUUUGCAAGAGAUGUGGCACCAUCGCACAGGAUGUGCGCAUCCCAACUAUCCCACCGAGAAGCUCCGCGAAGUUGCAGCCAAAUUAAACCACAUGUUCUUGAAGGACCACGAGAGGCUGCUCACUAUGUACAGGAGCCGUUCCUUCAGGUUCUUGACCAACUGGCCCUUCUGGGAAUAUGUUUGCCGAGCGUUCGAGUUUUGUGCUCGCUGGCUGUGCUGGGAAUAUACGAUCAGCACGGACAUCUUGAAACAUAGCUUGUACGACCUAUCACCCCCUGAUGAAGACACGGUGCGGAUGUGGGUACCAUGUGUGGGCACAGUCGAUGCAGGCAGGGUGCUGGCAUUGGUGUUCAAUUUCGGUGGUGGCCGGGGUAAAGGUCGUGCCCAGAUGCAACUUGUCGCUUUGCGAGCGCUCGUGGAAGGGAACUCCAUCAUGUUUGUCAUGGUCCUCAUCUUCGUAAUCCUCACGGUGCUGAUGCCCGCCGCAGUCGUUCUAUGGAUAUUGGCAAUGGCGUUCACAUUCAAGUUUCAUAAGCUGGCAGCAGCUUUUCAGGGCUCCUGCCAGUUGCUGCACAGGCAUUGCUUCGCGAUAGUGGUGUUUUUGCUGUUGCCGCUGGUCGUGGCGGGCCUGAGGGUUCGAUACUACUCCGAAGACCUCCGGAAACAUCUGAAGCGGACCUACACCCUCUACUUGACCGUGUUGGCAGCUCGCCUGGCGCCUUUGUUUGCCGUGUACACAUCCAUCGCCAAUCUCGUGCAGGUAGUCGCGGGUCCUUUCGGAUGCCAAAGCGAUGAGCUUAUGGUGGAGAUUGCGUGGAGUGUUGCGAAGGGUGGACUCCACCUCCUUGUCCUGGUGUUCGUCAGCCCGUUCAUGAGCAACCUGGCACAGGUCAUGAAGUGCCGAGUUCCAUUUCUGGAGGCUGCGAUGCACAGGAAGCUUUGCGAUCACACACUGCUGGCGGAACCUGCCCAGUGA